UACCGCAAACGUCAGAAGUAACGUAUGACAGGCCGUUGUGUAGACAGAAAUGUUUAACAAGAAGCCACGGAGGAACUUUCGCCAGAGAAAACAGAGCUCCAGCGAGGAUGAAGACCAACAGAAGAACGGCGGAGAAGGAGAUGAACCCGAAGAGGCUCCGUCGGUGAUAAACAAGCCUCCCAAAGCGGCGCAGAGCCGCGGCAUCUCCUGCAGCUCCAAGCGGGAAGCGACACCUCCGCAGGCGGACAGCAGUGAUGGAGAAGCCGCGGCCGAGGCGCUGGAAGCGACGGAGGACAGAGAUGAUAAAGAUGGGACAAAGACGACGAAAAGCUCCAUCCUUAGUUUUACAGACGACAAAGAAGCAGAAGAAUCAACUUUUAAACUAAAGAGGUCCUCUGAUAAAGCUGUGGUGUUUCAAGCCAGGAAGAAGGAGGCUCCACCCACCAAGACGAGCCUCAGCAAAGCUUCUGGUGGUGCAGAUGCCCCACCAUCUGUUUCUCCCAGUCAUGGAGACAGCAGUGAGGCUUCACCGUAUUCUCAGCAUAGUGAUGAUGAUAAUAACGAUGAUGACGACGAUGAUGAUGAUGAUGACGACGACGAUGACGUCAACAGUAACGAUGGUGACAAUGACGGUGAUGGAGGUUUUGCUAGAUCACCUGCAAGUAGCUCCAACUCUGACUCCAGCUGCUCUGCUGCCAAACCAACCGUUAUCCCUAAAGCAGAGGAGAUACACGCGGCCAGGAGGCAGCGGCGCGCGGCGCGAGCCCAGAAGGAGUUCAUACCGUUGGGUAGAGACGGCCGGAGCUCUGCUGGCAGCACCCCCGAUCACUACAGCCGCGACGAUGAAGAGGACAGAGUUGAAAAUGACGACGAUGAUGAGCCAGACGACCAUGAGAGAAGAAUCGAGUUCGCCCCCCGAAUAAAGAGCAUCAGGGAGAGGAUUGCAGAGAAACUAGGAGGAAGUGAUGGAAGUCUGUCAGCAACUGAUGAGGAGGAGCAGGAACUUUGGGAGCAGACACAGAUUGAAAAGGGAGUCAAGAGACGACCAGGGGAACGGAGUCCGUCUGGCAGCGAGUCCAGCAGCUACAGCAGCAACAGCAGGCCAGACAGAGGAGGACACAAAAAGAGACUAACAGGGGCUAAGAUCCCAAAGACCCUUCCUCUUGUUUCUGUCUCAACGGUGAAGAAAAGGAUCACUAAAAAACUGGACUCCUUGAAGGAGGUGUACAGAGCACGGCAGGCGGAGCUGAGGAGGAUGGAGGGCGACGCCGAGAACGCCAAGAGUUCAUUAGAGCUGCUGGAAGAAAGUUCCUCUGAGGCUCAGCUCAGGUUUUACAGAACCAUGAUCCUCUACGUCCACAACCUGGUCGAAUGUCUGCAGGAGAAGAUUGUUGAAAUCAAUGCCUUGGAGCUGGAAAUGCACACUCUGUUGUCUGAUCACAUGGAGGCGCUGUUGGCUCAGAGGCGAAAGAGGAUAAAAGAGGAGGCUGAGCGCCUGCAGCAGCUCAGCUAUAACACAGAGGAACAGACUGGCAGCUCUGAUAUUCAGUGUGAAGUGGCCAGUAAUCUAGAAGAUUUUCAUUUACCUGAAGAUGCCAAGCUUUCUGAAGAAGAAGAGGAGCAGCUUCAGGAGAGAAUAUCUGAUAUCCAGUCGAGAGCUCAGGCGGUGUUUGCUGACGUCCAAGACGACUUCUGCAACGUUAAAAAGAUUCUGUCUCGAUUUGAAGAAUGGAGGAGGUCGUACUCUGACUCCUACCACAACGCCUACAUUUCUCUGUGUCUGCCCAAGCUGCUCAACCCCAUCGUUAGGCAUCAGCUGCUGGUGUGGAACCCGUUAAAAGACGUUGGUGGAGAAUUUGAAACCCUCCCGUGGUUCACAGCAGUGGAGACGUUUUGUCACGGACACGGCCAUGAGGAGCUGGAGCACACAGACAGACAGACGCUCUCUAACGUCAUAGAAAAGACUCUUCUACCCAAAAUAACCAGCCAUGUGGAGUUGGUGUGGGAUCCUUUUUCCAUCCAACAAUCUACCUGCCUGUCUGCUGUCUGCCACAGGCUGAGGGAGGAUUACUCCAUCUUUGAAGGCGAGCAGAGUAAACCUGUUAAGGGAUUUAUUGAAGCAGUGGUUCAUAGGCUCAGAAGCUGUGUAGAUGAAGACGUCUUUAUCCCCUUGUAUCCAAAAAAGCUGCUGGAGGACAGAUUGUCCCCUCAGCGCCGCUUCAGAGACGAACAGUUCUGGAUGGCUGUAAAACUGCUGGGGAAUAUGGGGAAAUGGGAUCUGCUGCUUCCUGAGUCCAUUUUGAAAGAACUAAUGUUGGACAAACUGCUGAACCGAUACCUGAUGAUUACCUUGUCUAGUGAGACGCUGUCAAGGAGAGUUGUUUCUGCACACAGAAAGAUUGCAGAAUGUCUGCCUGACUCUUGGUUUGAAGGAGAAAGCGUCUGUUUGCCUCAGCUGCAGAAUUUCAGGAACAACAUUGUUCAGAAAGUUCAUAGCCUCUGCAAACAGCAGCCGCCUGAAAGUCCCAGCAGCAGGUCUGCUGUGGUCGAAGAGCUGAAGGUUCUCAGUAGGUUGAGAUGCUAUGACUCCAUCUUGGCUCUAACCGGGAAAUACCACUACGAGGACGUCAUCUACUCUCAUCAGCUACUGAACCAGGAAAGAGAAUGAGCAGGAACUGGAUGAAAUAAUAAAGACUCAAGUUAAACUAAUAAUCAGUAUAACACAUGCAGCUGUACAACAAAUUAUGAUUUUAGUCUAGAUAUUUUUUAUGUCUAAUACAAAUUGUUAUAUUUUCUGAAUAAAUGUUGGAAUUUUGUUUAUUUCUGAAUUUUGUCUAUGUCAGGUAUAUAAAAGUAUAUCAGGGGUGUCAAAGUCAUUUUCAAUUUGGGCCAGAUUCAGAUUAUGAAUGCUUUUGCCAAAAGGUAUUAAUAAAACUAUUAACUUUUGAUAUUGGAGCUUAAAUAAUAUUAAUAUAAUAUUAAUAAUGUUAAAGCAUGUCCAUAAAUGCACUCAGUACUAGGGUUGGGUGAUAUGGACUUUGUAUUUUAUUGCAAUAUUUUGUGGUACUACAAUGAUAAAGAUUAUGAUCAAAUAUAUAUUUUUUAGGUAAUCAACAGUUGUCUUGGUGGAACCAAUCUAGUUUCCCACACUUUUCCCUUCCACUAAAACAUAAAAAAUAUCUUUGGGGGUUGGUUAAUAUUCCUAAUUUCAGAGUUUGUUUAUGUUACCUUUGAGAAUUAACAACAAAUUGUCAUUCUAAAAUGUGGGAGCAUUAUGUUGCACCUGGAUCAUCUUCACCAUUAUUAGUGAAACUGAAGACUUACUGUUAUUUUAACAUAACGGUGUGCAUUAAAGACAGGACCUCUUAUUUUUGCUGGAGACAUCUUUAUUUAUGAAGCAAACAGUGAUGCAAAAUAAAGCCUGAACAAUGCACACAAUGCUCAAAGAGGUCUCAAUUGAAUUGCUCUGAUCGUAAUUUCCAUGUACAGAGCAAUAUUUAUCAAACUAAACACCGUAGAAAGUUUAGUUUCAUCAAGCUGUUUGUUGAAGCAAUAACAGGUAGCUUAGACAGGCCACUCAUGACUUUAAAGAAACAUCACAUGAAUAAAUGCAAAUGUUGCAGCUUCUGCCCUCACCUAAUGG